GGCCUGUCCUUAAAUACUGCAGCAAGUCCAACCCCACAACCAAACACCGAUUUUUUUCUUCUGAAGCUUAAAGAAGUAAGCGAAGAACUUAUCAACAUGUCUGGAAGAGGAAAGACCGGAGGAAAAGCCCGCGCCAAGUCCAAGACCCGCAGCUCCAGGGCCGGCCUGCAGUUCCCCGUCGGCCGUGUGCACCGUCUUCUGCGGAAGGGUAACUACGCUGAGCGAGUGGGCGCCGGAGCCCCGGUGUAUCUGGCCGCUGUGCUCGAGUACCUGACCGCUGAGAUCCUGGAGUUGGCCGGAAACGCCGCCCGUGACAACAAGAAGACCCGCAUCAUCCCCCGCCACCUCCAGCUCGCCGUCCGUAACGACGAGGAGCUGAACAAGCUGCUUGGCCGCGUGACCAUCGCUCAGGGGGGCGUCCUGCCCAACAUCCAGGCCGUGCUCCUGCCCAAGAAGACCGGCCAGGCCGCCGCGAGCUCCAGCAAGGCGGGAAAGAAGGGGUCCUCACAGUCCCAAGAAUAUUAACUCAACAGAAAUGGCGCGAACUCUGACUUGAUAACACCUAAAAAACCAAAGGCCCUUUUAAGGGCCACCCAUCUCCUCUGAAAAAGAGCAGAUUUCACUCUGACUUUAACCUCCUUUACCUUCUAUUUCCAUCAUCAGUCUUGUGUGGGUGUGUCUGUCUGUGUGCUUUUUAUACGGUGAAAAUAAACAUGUCUAACUUGAAA